UAAUUGUGCUUUUUUUUCUUGUUCCUUUUUCCUCUGCUUUCUCAUGUUACCAAGUUGGUACGAAUCGGCUCGCGGCUCUUUAGGUUAAUAUCUUCGUUUGGAAUUUUGAAUAAAAGAUGUCUACUGGACCAGGUAGAAGGGUUUCGCGGCAAGAUAUACAACUGGUGCAAAAUCUUAUAGAACGAUGUCUUCAACUCUACAUGACGCAGAAGGAAGUUAAGGACACUCUGCUGGCUCAGGCCAAAAUUGAGCCUGGUUUUACCGAACUUGUUUGGCAAAAGCUUGAAGAAGAGAAUAGAGAAUUUUUCCAAGCUUAUUAUCUGAGACUGAUGGUUAAGCAACAAAUAAUGGAAUUCAACAAGCUGCUUGAGCAACAGGUGCGAUUGAUGGAUCAAAUUCAUUCAACUGGAGUAUCCUCAAUCUCUAAUUCUAAUGGACCUCAAAUGCCAUUGAUGCCUCAGAACUCGUCCUGUUAUACCCUAGAGAACACUGUGCCAACUUUGAAACAGGAGGACAUGCACCAUCCCAUGGGAUCUAGUUUGCCUAAUGUAUUCACUAAUGGUAGUUCGUCGUUACAUGCGGGGAUUCACACUCCUAUUGAUCUGCCUACCCAUGCCAGCAGGAUUGAUGCCCCGCCAGGUAUGCUUUCAAGUCAGAAUUCAAACAUGGGUCUGAUGCAAGGAAUAAAUGGGAAAAUGAUAAAACCAGAAGCUGGUUAUUCGGCCAGUUCUGCUUACAUGUUUGGUGCCGAGAGCAAUGUUCUGGAGGCACGCCCAACAAUUGGGGAUACUUCUUUCAGUACUGUAGAAUCAAGCACUCAACCUCUGAAUGAACCAGUUCUUGAUGCCGACAUUUCUUCAUUUGGGUUUUUAGGCCAGAUCCCUCGCAAUUUCAGUCUUUCAGAUCUCACAGCUGAUUUUUCUCAGAGCUCAGAUAUACUGGAGAGCUACCCCCGAUCACCUUUUUUAGCAACUGAUAAUGAAAUUUUCCUUGAUUCUCGUGAAAGAGAGCAUCAAGGAGACAACAAAAGGUUGGACACCAUAUCAGAGGGAUUGAGUUAUGAAGGAUUUAGAAAUGAAUAGCCCUACAGAAUUAAUGGAGUCCGUGGAAGCGACCGCUUUGCCUUGGAAUCUGUUGGCACUCUAGUUGUGUGUCAUUUGCCUUCGGGAUGGUUUUAUCAAACAGGUAAUCUGGGAAUUUACAUUUUGUUUACCAUAUAACUUAUAUGUGUGUGUGUGUUUUAUUGGGAAUCUUCCAAAAUGAUUUGUGUGGUGUUUACUGUAAGUUUGUGAACCAAUAUGCAGAAAUAGGAAUACAAGACGCUUUUAUGGUAUGGCUUUA